AUGACUGAAAAAUCGACAUUGAACAACGAAUUAAUUAAUGAAUUAAGUAGUUUGGUGCUGAAUACGUUUGAUAUAAAUGAAGAUGCAAAAGAAUUUUUAUUAAUUCGAUUAGAAAACAGUAAAAGUGUUUAUAGCAGUGAUCAAUUAAAAAUGGAGCAUCGAUUUAAAUCAACGGGCCAUUCUAAUAGUAAUAAAAAAAUGAACAAACUAGUAGUUACCAAAACAAUACAAACUGUGAAAUCAAGUUACAAUAAUAAACAGUCAGAAGAGACACAGAUGAUAUUUAUGAAUUUAUCCGAUGCACUUAAAAAUAGAAACAGGACAUUAAAUAUGAAUACAACAUUAGAAGCAAUAGACACUGUGAAUGAUACAACUGGUAAUGACAGAUCAAUGUGGAGAACUACUUGGGGAGAAUGUGUUAGUUUAUACACAUUAGUAGUAGUACAAGGACAAGCAUUAAAAAGUGAUGAUAAAGAUAAUUAUUUACCAGGCAAAUUAUUUGGCACGCAUAUCAUAAUGAUUAUUGCUAUAUUGCUUAGAACAUCAAAAAAACAGCAAUUAAACAAUGAUGCAAUAAAUAAACUAAUGACAUGUGUAACUGACUUGGAUACUUUUGUUUCAGCUGCGUUAGAUUCCAAAUAUGAUAUAAUAGACUUAUUUGUUAAUAGCAUAUAUGCUGAAUAUAAUGCUUUAAGCCAAUUACAAGAACCAGAUAUAGUAGCUCUAUUUGUUAAAACAAUUAUAAACAAAACCAUAGAAGUUGUUGUACACAAGGGAUGGCUUUGGAACUCCACUGAAGUGAAACAAAAAGCAUUCAAUGAAACUGAAAUAACAAAAAUAAUAAAAACUGAAAUUAAUAAAAUUAGAUUGGACGGUUUAAAUGCCAUAUACAACUGUUCACUUCGAAACAAAAAAGUUCUUACUAAGGAUAGAAUCAAUAAAAUUCAAAAAUGUUUAACAAAUUAUCAAGAUAAUGAUGCCAAGUUUACAAAAUUAAUAUUUCAGUUAAUGAACAUAGCUAAUUCAACUAAUGAAAUUGAUUAUAAAACAACAUUUGAAACAUAUACCAAUGUAUUAGUACGUGGACCAUGUGAAAAUAGUGAGAUGAUAAUUAAUUUUAUGAAUAACCAAGCCAAAGACGCGAAAAGAAGUAAAGAAUUAUUUACCGAUGAAGUGCUUGAAAAAUUAAUUAAUUUGUUAAAUAGUUACGUUUAUGAUAAUAGAAUAAAGGAAGAUAUUAUGGAGAUAAUUAAUAAUUAUUUGGAACAUGAAACAAACAAGGCUUUGAAAGACGAACAUUUGGAAUUAUUGAUCGAAUACGUGUUGGAAUCUGAUGAUUCAAGUCCUGGUCUUAUUAAUUUCGUGCUUACUUCAAUACUGAUAAUUGUUGAAAAAAGCAAUUCAUUAUCAGAGGACAUUAUGACAAAAUUAAUUAACAAUAUGGAAUGCUUAGAUAAAAGUUGUUCAAAUUAUAUUUUACUUAUACUAAGUCGUGCUAUUCGGGAAGGAAAUUAUAUUCAGGACGAGCAAGACUUGGAAAACAUAUCUCACAAGUUGGCGAGUAACGAUGUUGUUCAAUUAGAUGAAGAUUCAAAAAUAACUUUUGAAGAGCGUUCAGAAAAAAAUCAACAUUGUAAUCAAAUUUCAUUACUAACAGCUAAAAUAAUAUUAUUAUCGGUUGAAAAUCAAAUGGAACUAACGAACAAAACAAUUGAUAACUUAGUUUUAGCAUUAAAUAACGAUGAUAAACAAACAAAAAUAAUAUCAUCCAAGUGCAUUUAUCUUUUAUCCAAAUAUAUGCCUUUAGAAAACGAUGUUCUUAGUCAAAUGAAAGAUUUUAUAAACAAUCAAAUUUAUGAUGUAAGUGUUUAUAUUCUUUCAGCUUAUUCGUAUGGUUUGGUGAAAUUGGCUAAACUUUGUAAGCCAAUCGAGUCGAUAUUUAUGGAAAAUUUAAGUUCAUUAUUUGUUACUCAAAGUUUGAAACUAGGAGCAGUUAAUUAUGCAAAUGAAAUUAACUUGAACAUACUUGAAAUAUUAAAAUUUGAAGCAAGUAAACAAAAAUUUGAAGAUGAAAAUAUAUUUGUUUUACUUGAUGGUAUUUUAUUAUUAAAUGAAAACCAUAGUAUUAAAGUACUUGAGAUACUUCAAAUAUAUACAAAUACAUAUACAAUACCUAUAAGUACAAUAAAAGUUUUAGAAAAUGCGCUUGGUUUUCCCGAGCAAUUUGAGAAAGCUAUUUAUACUAUUCACAAUGUUAUUCGUAAUGGUCAACCGGUUACAAACAAAAUAUUACAGAUACUAAUCGACGAUUUGUACAUGUCAAUAAAUGCGAGACGAAGAUACAAUUCGUUUAAACUACUGGAAAAAACUAGAAAAAAUCAAGAUUUACCUGAUAACAUUUUCUAUAAAUUAGAGCUUACGAAAGCUGGUCUUACUUUAUCUAGAUCCACUAAUAAGAAAUCAAUUAUUAAGUUUAUGCAAGAUCAAACUAGCAAUGGAAUGCAACUACCAAUCGAUACAGUUAAUGCUUUAGAGAGCGAAAUUAAGAAUGAAGAUACUUUACAAGUAUUGUACAAUAUAUCAAAAAAUAAACAGAUAAUACAAUAUGAUUUACUUAAUAAACUAAUUGAUACUUUUAAUCCAAAUAGUAAUCAAUUUAUUUUAAUUGGUGUCUUUGAAAAUGUAGCGAAGAACAAUCAAACAUUAUCUGCUGAACUUUUGAAUAAAUUAGAAAUGGCUUUAAGUAGGGAAGAAAUCGAAGAUAAUAUACUUUCAAUAUUUGUAUAUUUAGCACAAAAGGGUGAAAAGUUAAGCGAAAAUAUAAUUCAGAAAAUAUUGGACAGAAUUUUAAUUGAAAAAGAUAUUAUGUUAAAACAAGAAUUUUUGAGCACACUUGGAUCGCUGAUUCAAACUCAUAAAACAGACAUUAAACUAUACAAGAAAAGAAUAGAAGAAAUAUUAAUGAAUGAGAUCAAUUCGGAUAAUAAUAAUUUACAAAAAAUAUCCAUUAAUGUGUUACGCAUAUUAGUUAAAUUUGUACAAGUUGAUUCAAAUCUUCUCAACGAAGUAAUAGCAAUUGGUACAAGUUUACAUUGUGAUAAAACAAUAAAAGACGAAAUUUAUUCAUUAUUUAUCUUUAUGGAAGAAAAUAAUGGUGAACAGCUGAAAAAAUAUAAAGCAAAAAUGGAAUUGGCUAAUUUGAAUUAUAAAACGGAUCGUGAACUAUUGAAUAAAUUAAAUGCAUUUGCAAGUCGUGAAGAUGGAUUAUUAGAACAAAACUACAACCAAUUAAAAAAUAUAAUUGAUCAAGAUUUUGAAUUACAAGAAAAGGCUUUGGAAAUUUUACAUUUAUCUAAAUCAAAAAAUAAAAUGACUGAUGAUCUUAUAGAAAGCAUUGUACUAUUACAUGAAAGUAUAAAUUCCAAAGAUAUAAAAUAUUCUUGCUCCAAAUUACUUGAAGAUGCAAAGCGUAGUGGAAAAAUUUUAAAUCACAAAGCCGUUGAAAUCGUUAAUGAAAAAAUAAAUAAUGAUAAAGCUGAUGAAAUAAGACAAUCAUUUUCAAAAAGUAAUCUUUACAAAGAAUUAAAAACAGAAUUUCAAUUAAAUGAUGAGCAAAUAAAACAACUAUUAACAGUUCUCAAAGCAAAAACUAACAUUUUAGACCUUCAAAAUGUAGAAAAACUGAUUCAAAUGUCAAUUAAAACCAAUCCAUUGUAUUAUGAUAAUCAAGCGUUCGUUUUUCUUAUUGAACAAGCUUUAUUAACAAACAAAAGAUUGAAUAAACUGAUUAUUGAAAAUAAUUUUCAAUUAGAAGGAACAGUAAAAAGUCCUGCAGAGUUAUUAAAUGAAUUGGAAAAAUCUAAUAAAGAUAAUACAUCCUUAGUCAAGUAUGUCAGAACAGAAUUACUGCAGGAAUUAGAAGAAAUAAAGAGAAAGGACUUAAAGUCAAAUAUUGAAUGUACCCAAUUACCAAUAGCUGAAUGGGGUAUUAAACAAAUUAAUAAUUGGUCAGAAGAGAUUAAAUCAAGAAGAGAACAAUUUAGUAAUUUGGAAGCAAUUGCUGUUAUAAAACGGGCAAAUUUUCUAUUUACUGGUUAUCAUUUAACCGACACACAAAUACUGUGCAGUUUAAUAGCAUUAAAAAAUAAAUCAAAUACUAGAGGUAAACUAUUACAAGUCGCUACUGGUGAAGGUAAAUCGACAAUUGUAUGUAUAUUGGCAAUAAUAAAUGCAUUGAAAAACAAACAAGUUCAUGUUAUUACUAGUUCACCUGUUUUGGCGGAAAGAGAUAGCAAACAAAAAAUGAAAUUAUUUAAAAUGUUUCAUUUGACAUGUAGUGAUAAUAAUGACAAAACAAUUUAUUUACAUGGUCGAAAAGAUUGUUACACAGCUGAUAUUGUAUAUGGUGAAGUGUCACAAUUUCAAUUUGAUACAUUAAGAGAUCAAUAUAGUAUGUUAGGUACACUCGGUGUUAAAGAAUGUGAAAUAGCUAUAGUCGAUGAAGUUGAUAGUAUGCUUAUUGAUGAUAGUUCAAAAAUUGCACGACUUUCAUCAACAGCUGCUGGAAUGGAUUAUUUUCAACUUGUUUAUGUUUACAUUUGGCAAAGAUUAUUAACAAUUAAGGAAAGAUUUAUCAUGUUUAAUAACACGAUGUAUAUGGUUAAUGGUAAGGUCGGAUUUGAAAAUGGAAAAAUUCUAUUGGAAUAUCUGGAUGAUAAUAAUAAUAUUCUCAAAAUACCCGAUUUGGAAAGUUAUGUUUCAAAAAAUAAAGAUAUCAGUGAUAUAGGAGAAGUUAUCAAUGGUGAUUUAGAUGACUAUUUAAAAAAAUGUUUAGAUCAAUAUUUAGCUAGUCUAAUCAGCGAGAAAAAAUUGGAAAUUUCAAAGAAUUAUAAAGAGUUUUAUGAAACUCAAAAACUCAAAUGGAUACAUAAUGCGAUCGAAGCACUAAAUUAUCAAGAAAAUAUACAUUAUAUCGUACAAGAAGGUCAAAUAAAACCAGUUGACUAUUAUAGUACCGGUAUUGUACAAAGUUCAACGAAUUGGAGUGACGGUUUACAUCAAUUUUUACAAAUCAAACAUAACUUAAAAAUGACUUCGGAAACAUUUACGACUAACUUUUUAUCAAAUAUUGGCUUUAUAAAUAAUUAUAAGAAUAUUUAUGGUCUAACUGGUACACUUGGUUCAGAAAAAGCAAAAAAAGUAUUGAAAGAUGUCUAUAAUGUCGAUUUAGUCAAUGUUCCACAAUUACGUCAGAAACAAUAUCUCGAACUAGAAACUAUCGUUGUUCAAGAUGAGACGAAAUGGUUAGAAGAAAUACGUUCAACAGUAUUGAUUGAAACAAAAAAAGAUAGAGGUAUAUUGAUUAUCUGUGAAAAUAUUGCUCAUGCAAAUAUACUUGCUGAUCUAUUGAAAAGUCAACAUAGAUCAACUGCUAUCAAACUCUAUACAAUGAAUAAUAUGAAUCAGGAGAAACAUGUCGAAAAAAUCUUACCUAGUGAAAUAAUUAUUGCAACAAAUUUAGCUGGACGAGGAACUGAUAUACGUACAGAUGAUAUAGAAGAAUUUGGCGGUUUGCAUGUUGUCUUAACAUUUAUGCCAAAUAAUCAACGUGUCGAAGAUCAAGCAUUUGGAAGGACAGCGAGACAAGGCAAACGUGGCACCGGAUUGAUGAUUUUAAAUUCGAUGAAUUUAAUCGAUUGUAGCAAUGUAAAUACUACAGAAGUCAAAUUGCAAAGAGAUGUUAUCGAAUCAAAUAUGUUAAACGAAUUUCAAAAUCAUGAACUUAAAUUAAUUCAAACAAAAGAUAAACUAUUUAAACAAUUUUGCACAUUUUUAAAUGAAGAAAUCCGUCUUGAUAUUCGAAACAAACAAGGAUGCUUUGAAACACUUUUGAAUAAAGCAAAAGAACUAUUUAAACAUGUAAUGCCAACUGUUUAUGAGGCUAAUUUGAUUGCAUCUAUUGAAGAACAAUGGGCAAUGUUCUUAAGAAAAUUGGAUGAUAAUACAAUAGGAUUAGAGAAUGCAGAAAAAGAAUGUAAAAAAUUAAUUGAUACAUUGAGAAACAAUUACAAGGAAGAGAAUAUUAUUAAAAACCCGUAUUAUCAUACAGCGAUUGCAAACGAUAUCAUUGUAAAUGAAUGGUCAAUACGCAGCUCUUCAAAGGUUAAACAUGCAUUGAGCCAUUUUGAGAAAGCUAUUCAAUUGGAUGAAGCAAGUUCUGGUGCUGCACAUUUGGGUAUAGCUUGGUGUUCACUUAUAAUUCAGGAUGAGAAUUAUAAAAAGAAAGCACUUGAAUCAUUUAAUAAAUCAUUGAAUAUAUUAUCAAAUGAAAUGGCUAUGUUAAAUGCAAUGCAAUUGCUUUUAGAACAAAAACAACCAGCAUUUAUUGGUAGUGAAUUAUAUAAACAACUUACUACGAAAGCGACUAUUUUAGGAACAUAUUUGAAUAGUAUUCAAAAUAAUAUCGGUGCAAUUAAAAAAUCAUUGCGACUUAUUGACUUAAUUGAAACCAAACAACAAUCUAGUGGCAAUGUAUUAGAAAAGAUUGAGCAUCAUUAUGAACUUGAAAGAAACAGCAAGAAUAAAUUAGAGAUUAAAAUGGACAAAAAAGCAAGUUAUACUUUAACAUUUAAUGAUUUAACAUCAAGAGAAGAUAGUGGUACAAUUGAUCAAGCAUUGAUAGCUAUAAAUGAGGCAUACUCAAAAAAUCAAUUAAAGUCAUCAUAUAAUGGCGUACGUCUUGCAUUGAAACAAGUGCCAUUGGACAGAAUGAAGAUACUUUUCAAUCAAAAUAAAGAGUUUCUAGAUCUUACUAAAGAGUCAGCCAUAGAUAAACUUAAAAGUGAAAGAAGCUUUUGGAAUACAUGUCGUAUAACAAGUUCAUAUCCAAUUGAUUUGACAAUUAUACAUAGUGAUAACAAGACUGAAGUAUUCAAAAAUAAACAAAUAAACGAACUUAUCUCAUUGAUUGAAACAAAAGCGGAUGAGAAACUUCGAUUUAAUAUCCUUAUUAAAGAUUCAAAUGUGAAUGAAAUAAAUAACUAUUUCAAAAAUACAGCUGAUAUUUCUAUAAGUCUUCAAGUUCAUUUUGAUGGUUUGGAUUAUGAAAGUGCUAAUGAAAAACUCUCUUCAAUAAAAGCCGAAUCUAUAAAUAUCGAAAUGGUAGCAAUUAAAUCAAUACUUUUGUCAAUACUUGAUCGUAAUAAAUAUAUUAAUACUGCAAAAGUACAUGUAACUGAACAGAAACUCUAUGAAAAAGUAAAUAGAGAUGAACUAUUGAAAAGAGCAAAAGAACUUAAAAACGAUGAUUCAUAUUUUUAUAUCAAACUUGAAUCAUUACAAACUCAUCAAAUUAAAAGUCUUAUUAAUGAUUGUAAAGAAAUGUCAUUUAACAUUUCAUUUAUUGGUAUAGAUUUAUAUAAUAGUAUUAAUGGUCUGAAUGGACAAGCAAAUUUUUAUUUCGCUAAUUUAAACAACACAAUGUCAGAGAUUGUAAUCAAGGAUCUUCGUAAAGAGAACAUUGAAUUUUCUCUCGAAUUUAAAGAUUUAACAAAUGAUCAAGUUGAAUACAUUGUGGCUCAUACAAAUCUCGAUCAAGAAAAUAUACAAAUAAAUAAAGUUAAAAAUAUAAUGGAAUUAUAUACAAAAGGUUCUGUGCCUACUCUUGAACUGAAUGAAUUCAUAGCAAAAGGUAUCGAAUAUAUGAUUGAAAUAAGUGAGAAACGAUUCAUUCCUUGGAGAAGUAUAAUAGCUGUAGCCGCAUUAGCAUCUAUUCAAGUUAUUGCUGGUGGAGUUCUUAUUGCAACUGGAUUUGGUUCUACUGUUGGAAUGGGUCUAAUAACCGAAGGCAUAGCUGAUAUGUUUACUGCAUAUAGAGCAUUUAGCAAUAGACAAUUUAGUUGGAGUGACUAUUGUAAACAAAAGGCUGUUAGUUUAAUCAUUUCUGCUGUUUCGAUGGGUUAUUCCAAGCUGAAAGAUGCUGGGAAAGGUAUAAAGACAUUAGCUGGAUCGGCUGGUACAGAGGCAGUUGAACAAGUAGGAACACAAUUUGCAACAAACGCAAAAACAAUAGGUCAGACAGUUACUCAGACUGGCAAAAAUCUAAAAGGCCUUGCAUUUAAAUAUACAGGUGUUAAAGCAGGCGAAGCAAUUGUAAGAGAAGGUCUCAACAGUGGUAUACAAUAUUUGUCGAAUUUCUCAUUUGAUCUAAUUGAAUCACAAAUAUCUGAAUUAGUUCAAUCAAGAAUCAGGUCAACAUUUUCUAAACCUGAUUUGACAUAUUUGUUACGAAAAACGUAUGCAUUAGACCUACAAACCAAGACAAAAAUGCUACAAUGUAAAGUAGAUCAAAUUGUUGCAGAUACAAUCAAUCCACAACAUGAUUUUGCUCGUAGACAAUGGGAUUCAAUUGGUCUACCAUUACUAAAAGGUAUUUUAGCAGAUUCCAAAAAUUAUGGUAGUGCUAUUAGUAUGGCAUUUAGAAUUAUUGGUACAUUAAAGGGUCUACACACAGUUCAAACGUUAAUUGAUAACGUAUAUGCAGAACUGGUAAAGAAACUUUCACAAAUUGAUAAAAAUGCAAUGACAUUCACGCUCAUUCUACAUCGAAAUCUUAAGAUUGAUAAAGAAGAUGCAAGAAGUAUAGCGAAUAAACUUAGAAAUAUGGAAAUAAUUGACGAAAAUGAUAAUUUAAACGUUUCAUCUUAUUAUGAUGUUAGUGAUGAUUGCAUAAAAUUGAAAAGGAAAAUAGAUGAAUUCAAUAGAAGGGAAAAUGAAGUUGCUGUUGCACAAUUUAUGAAAUCAUUUUGUGACAAAUACAUGGAAGUUGAAUAUGAUUCAUUUAGUAUAAUCAUUAAAUCUGUCGCAGACAAAAUAACAGAACAAUUAAUACAAGUACUUGAAUCACAGAUGAUACAACCAUGGUCAACAUUAGCAGUUAGUCAUGUAACAAGUAAUCUUUCAGCGAAAAUUCAACAUCAUUAUUUGGUUGAUAAAGAUCAAAAUUCAGAUAGUCAAAAUGAGGAUCAAGAGAAAUAUGAUGAACUUAAAAAUAAAACAAAUUUAACAGAAGAAGAAAAAACAUUCAUGAAAAACUAUGGCAAAUAUCGAACAUUUGCAGAGCAAAUUAAUUACAAUUCUAGAGAUUAUUGUAUUGCUUAUACGCAAUGUGAAGUGGCUUAUUAUGCAAAGACUUCCAGCACUGUGCAAAAUGGAAAAGAAGUAGAUAAAAAAGUAGAAGAGCGUGCUGAUGAUGUUAGAAAUAAUAGACCUGCUACUAUGGCCGAAAUAAGCCUCAUGAUGAAAAAAUAUGGCAUUAAGCUAAAAAUAGUUAAUGAUAAAAAUUAUCAAAGGACACAAGAAGAAAUAGAUAAUGGUGUUGAAGUUAUAUAUGUAGAAAAAGGCAGUAAAGAUGAUAAAAAUACUGAUCAAGUUGGACACGCUUAUUACAUAGAUGCAAAUGGGAAUCGUUUUGAUAUUGAAACUAAGUUGAACGAUUGUUUUUAUGGAGUUUUCAGCAAAAUAUUGGAAACAAAAGGCAUAAACAAAUCUAUAGAGGAUAUUCGUAAUGAACUGGCUGAUGAUAUCAUAUCAAAUACGAACUAUUCGAAAGUAAUCGAAGCAGAAAAAUGGAUACAUGACCGACAUCCUCAAGAGGCGAAUAGUCUAUUAUUUAGUGCUGGAUUAGAUCAAUUGCCCGAAUUGACAGGUGACGAACCUAACAAUCCCGUCACAUCUUACAUAAAAGGACCCAAUGGUGAAAUUCUAUCUGUAUCUGCAAAAAUUACAUUUGAAAAUUUACGUAAAGGUCCAAGACAGGGUAAAGGUUAUUCCAAUGAUGUGGGAAAAAUCAUCCGAUCUUCAGCUGGCUUUGGUGACGACGAUCAGGUGGGUCAUAUUAUCGGCGAUGCAUUAGGUGGGCCGAGGGAUGCAAUAUAUAAUUUUAUUCCACAAGAUCCCACAUCUAAUAAAAAGUAUUAUAAUCACAAUGAGAAGAUAAUUUACGAUUAUCUGACAAGACAACAUGAACGAGGAGAUCGUAGUGCAUAUGUGGAAAUGACAGUCACACUGCAGUAUAAUGAUAAUAAUACCCAGAAACCAAUUCGUAUUUUGGUGGAAUGCAAAUACUCUAAUGGGAAUACCGGGAGCGGAACCUUUUCUACCAAAAUUUCAAGUUGUUACAGGAAGUGAAUUUCGGAGCAUAGCAAAUUACACAUCAAGAAAACAAACGAAUAAGCAAAGCUAAACUUUAACUUUUCAGCAAUCGAUAAUAUUCUUUUCGAAAUUAAAUAAAUGAUGUGCUUUAAAAAGAUAAAUGCAGUUGGGUGUGGGUGUGGGUGUCGGGUAGGGAUGCAACAAUUCUUGAGGUAGAUUUGGAUUCGGCAUCAAACCCUUAGGAAUUGGGUUUGGAUUUGGAUUCGUAUGCUAGGUUUGGAUUUGGAUUUGGACUUGUAUGAUAUAUUUGGAUUAGAAUUGUGGUUUGUACCUAGGGUUUGGGCGCUGGUUUGGAUUUGUAGUUUAGACUUGGCAUUGGGUUUGGAUUUGUUUUUCGGUUCUCACAGAUCUACCAAAUAGUUUUGGAUUUGUUAAGACAUCCAUCUACAUAUUGUUCAGUGUGUGGUCCUCAAGCCCUACUAUUGGGGGGUACCCUUAGGUCCUCAAGCCCUACUAUUAG